UGAUCCGUUUGAAAACGUGGGAUGCAUAUCCUGAAUUCGAGUGGCCAAUAGAUGUCCGUCACCUUGGGAGCUCAAACAUCUAGAGACGCCAUCUUAAUCGAGGUCGGUUUUCCCAUGUUUGGACGAAGCCCCACGGAAUAAUUCGCCAAGGGUAUCACUGUCAACUUGGGUAUCACUCAACACAUAACUCAUCUGAGAGGGAGAUAAAGAGCAAGAGAUACUUCGGAAGGUAUUCAUUCGACUUCUGCUACUACUACAACUACUACUACUACUGCUACCGCUGCCAAAUUCAACCACGUCAAGCUCACAGCAGUGUCUUUAGCAUGGCUUCUUACGGCGGCUAUGAUUCAGCCGCUCCACCUGCAGGUGGGCCGCCACCCGCGGUUGCUCCCGCUGCAGGGUAUGGAGCGGGAGGUUACGGCCAACAACCUCCGGCAGGUGGUUACGGAGGCUAUGGCCAGCCACCAGCGGCAGGCGGUGCUCCACCGGUUGAUGCCGGCUACGCCGCUGGCGGGGCUGGAGGUUACGGAGGUGGCUAUGGCGGAGGCAGUGGCUAUCAAGGGGGUGGUGGGGGCAGCGCCGGUGGCUAUGGCGGGCCGCCGAGUGCGGGUAGUACUGCGUACCCACCUUCCGGUAGCUAUGGUGGCAGCCGAGGGGGCUAUGGGGGUGGCGAUAGGAGUGGCUACGGCAGCGGUGGCGACCGAGGCAGCUACGGGGGUGACCGGGGUAGUUAUGGCGGCGAUCGUGGUAGCUACGGAAGUGGUGAUCGUGGAGGCUAUGGCGGUGGCUAUGGCGGCCGUGGUGGCGGUGGGCCCCCCUCUGGUGGUUUUGGUGGUCGUGGGGGAGGCCGUGGAGGCUUUGAUGGUGGCUCCAAACCGUACGGUGAAGGCAUGGUCCAAUCCGACAAUCAGAUUUAUAUCUCCGGCCUACCCACUGACUGCAAUGAAGACGACAUCGCGCAAUUCUUCGGAUCCAUUGGCGUGAUUAAAACGGACAAGAAGAUCGGCAAACUGAAGAUUUGGAUUUACAAAGACCGCAAUACUGGUGCUCAGAAAGGUGAAGCCACGGUGACCUACGACGACCCUCAAGCUGCUCAAUCGGCCAUCACUUGGUUCGACAACAAAGACUUCAACGGUCACCCCAUCAAAGUUCAAAUGGCCAUGGUUAAGGCCCCGCCAGCUGGAGGCUAUCGAGGAGGCCGUGGUGGCUUUGGCGAUCGCGGUGGUCGCGGAGGCUUUGGCGAUCGAGGUAGUCGUGGCGGUUUCCGAGGCCGUGGUAGCUUUGGCGACCGAGGAGGUCGUGGAGGCGACGAUGGCGACGAUGGCGGCCAAUCCAACUUCCAACCCAGAAACGGCGACUGGACGUGCCCUCGACCCGAUUGCGGCAAUACCAACUUUGCUUGGAGGGACACUUGCAAUAAAUGCCCAGAGCCCAGACCUGAGGGAGCUGGUGGCGGCGAUGGUGGCUACCGAGGACGUGGCGGCGGCCGUGGUUUUGGUGGCCGUGGCGGCGGAUUUGGGGACCGAGGCGGACGGGGAGGUUUUGGCGAUCGAGGCAGCCGGGGAGGUUUUGGCGGCCGUGGUCGCGGAGGUUUCGGUGACCGGGGUGGUGGAGCCAUGAGAGGUGAUCGCCGAGGCGGUGACCGACACCGUCCCUAUUAAUCAUGUGAAUCACUCAAUUCACGCCACCCAUCGAAAACAACAAGCACGCUAGAUUUACACCAAAUUGAAAUCAAACGCCACCCCCUUUUUCGCUCGUUUUGCCGCAGUAUUGACCCCUUUUCCUAACUAGUUGCUCUGAGUUAGGAAAGCCAGAUAUCCAGCCCCUCCUAUUCAUGAUUACGCGGGGAAGUGUUGUUAUGCCUGUCAUGGCAGAAAUGCUUGUGUGAAAACGUGUUCUGUUUGAAUUGCUGUUGCCAAAAACUGAAUGGGUUCCCAAUUCUAAUUGUAAUUUAUGGCGAGUGCUUUACUGUAUACCUGACAUGACAAUGUCUUACUGUCUCAUUGCGUUAACCUUGAACUAUCUCGGUAACAACAUCAUCUUCUGUAAUAAAAGGGUACGAACGUGUUACAAAA